CGCCGAUCGCCACGCAACGAAAAUCGAAGCGAAGUCCUACACGGAAUUCGAUAACGCGGAAUAUUUCUGCACCGGCACGACCUUGGAGAACACGACGUUACGAACGCACAUCAUCAAGCAGCGGAUCCUCGGCAAGUCCAAGCAUAUAUCUUUUGGAAUUCGAUUGCAGGACGUGAGAAACUUGUGGGCACAGGCCUCUCCGCCAACAAAAUUAGGACAAGUGGCACAGUUCAGGUGUUCCGUCUGGUCAACCAAUCCUGCUGGAAGAAAAAUUGCGCAUUUUCAAGUGUCGACCGGCGGUCAGAGCGAAGCGCUGCACAACGAGCGCCUACGCGUCAUUCAUCCACAUGGAGUUGUCCUGGGUGAGAUAUGUGCGCACGUAACGGUGACAAGUGUAAAUUUUGUCAACGACUUUGUGUGCCAUUUCGCAGAUGACACAAUAACCACGAAUAAAACGAUUCGUCCGGCGAGGACUGAUUGUGGUGCACCUGAAGUGGAAUGGAGCCCGAGUGGCAGAAAAGAGUACGGAGUGCAUGACAGCAUUUAUUGUGAGGCCCGGGGUGGCUGUGAACAUGCUGCGAUAAGAUGGAUUUGGGUGGCUGGUCCGAUCCCACAAAUCGGACCCGAGUCAUACGAUAACGUGCAGACACUAAGUAGUCUAGACAACAGACUUUCUCUUCUACAGUUGAACCGAAGUGGCCACUACGUGUUUCGUUGCAUUGCUACCUGUGAAUGUUCGUAUGAGAAGAUGAGCGCUUCUGUCACGGUCACAAUUUACGUGAAUGUUGUGCGAGAGAAAGGUACUGAAAGCCUGAUGCAAAACCUUCAAGCAGAUCGUAGCUGCUUGUCAGGAGUUACAUCUACUGAUGAACCUAAUCGAUUUUGA